AUGACGGACGCUGAAGAUGACGAAUUUGAUCUUUCCGACGCCGAAAACUACUUUGACGAGGCUGCUCAGUACGCAUUCCACGGAGUCUCCUCGUCACCUCUCCUCCAGCUACCGCCGGAGCUUUUGACUCUCAUUGUCGAACACUUCAUCGAUACGUGUCACACUUCUAGCGGUCAGCCCACCAUAGUUCGUAGCCUGAAGGUCCUGCGAGCCGUCCAUCCGUACAUAGCCCGUCUGCGACUUGUACAGAGCAAGCUGUUCCACAAUCUGCGCCUCAAGCCAGACCCAGACCAACUACGAGACUUGGAAAGGAGCGCCAAAGGCUUUGACAAUAUUUCGUCCUUCGUGCGGCGCGUGGUGUUCGACCAUGUCCAUGUUCGUCGGUGUGCUCUCCCCCCCGAGCGAGCCCGAGAUUCGGUACAGGCGAUCCAGAACGUCCUGGGUCGAAGAGUCAAUACUGCCGUUGAGAAAGGCAGGGUGCUGGCUGUGUGGACGCGGAUCUUGUCCAAGCUGCCCAAGGUCUGUAUCUUUCGGCUGAGCGAGUCGAGGAAGACCACAUGGGAGCUCAUCAAUUGCGGGCCUGGAGCCCAGACGCUCCUAACGCUGGCCCUCGAAAGUCUGUCCCAAGCCAAAUGCCAUAUCCGUGAGCUAUCUGUGCACUAUCGCGCCGAGGACGAAUUCGUGUGGACGAAAGUGCACCAGUGGGAGAAUGUGGAUGUGGAAAAGCUGCAGAAACUGAAUCUUGAUCUCGAGAUUCGUCACUUGCAUGGCCGCAAGUGGGACUACAGAAGAACGUUUGGGCUGGAGUCGACUGCAGUAGCCAAUACACUGUUGUAUGGAUCGAUGAACGAGCUACGCUAUCUGAUGCUCAGCGGCCAAGUUCUCAGCAUACUCUUCAGUCCAGCGACAAAGUCGGUACCGUCCUUACCAAAGCUCCAGACUCUCAUCCUCGACACCGGAAGAAUAGACGCCUCUUGCCUCGGUGCAUGGCUAUCCGAGCUGCCCAGCUUGACCAGACUUCUCCUGGAUUCCAUCGCUGUCGGAAACGAGAGCAAUCUGACCGAUUGGCGGCCCUUCUUCGACGCCAUCCGCGAACACGCAAACGAUGGUCUGCAACUCUGGCUAUGCCACAUUAGCGUUUUGACAGCAGCCUCGCCGGAAACGCAGACCAGUUUCCGUCACAUCGUGCCAUACAAAGACUUCGAAAAGUCUCUGCACACCGAUCCCAUCUGGAGAGAAAUCACGGUCAUGAUCAAACGUUACGUGUCUCAUGCGGGCGACUGGUUCUUGCGGGAGCAUUGGGAUCCCGCGAACUACGCGCUUUCUGAUGAAGAUGAAGAUGACGAUGGGGAGGAACACGAAGAAGAUGGCGACGAGUAUGUGGAGCCAGAGGAAGACGGAUUCAACUUGUCCGACGGCGAGGAGGGCGAAGACGAAGACGAUAUUGCAGGCAGCAGGCCCUUUCAACAAAUAGCACCGGAUCCCGCCGAAUUCAUUGCGCGUUUUGCAUACGUACCACCCGCUGGUGCUAUGAGAGCGCAGUUGGAAGACGGGAUGGAUUUUUAA